CUUCCACCUCCGCGCCCACUCUAAGGCAGGGCUCCUGUUGCUUGCUCCAUGCUUGACUGGCCUUUUUAUCUUUCUCCCUCCACCAGUCAGAGAGGAGAGGACUGUACAUAGGACCAUGGGGGGAGGGGAAAGGAAGGGGAGGGGGCAUUUGUGUCUGAAGCUACCCAGAAGCCAUUAGACAGCUGAGACGGAUGCAUCUGGGUCCCCAGACUUAACAAGAGCAGCCCAGCCCUGCCACGCACACAAAUACACAGAGAACACUUUAUUCCUGACUGCCUGGACUCCCACGCAGAAGAAGAGAGACGUGGGGGAAAAAAGCAAACGCUUACUUGCAAACCCCCAUUUUACCCCACCACCCCCAUCACUCCUAGUAAUCUGAGAGACUUCUUGGGCCUCCUUGGAUUUUCUUGGAGACUGGGGUUCUAGAAAGACACCACCAUGGAGAUGGUGCUGACCUUUCUAUGCAGCCUGUUGGUUCCUCUGGUCCUUGCCAGUGCUGCUGAUCAGAAGAAAGAGCAAGAUCCUUUUCAUUAUGAUUACCAGAGUCUGAGGAUUGGAGGCUUGGUGUUUGCUGUGGUCCUGUUUUCGGUUGGGAUCCUCCUUAUCCUGAGUCGGAGAUGCAAAUGCAGCUUCAAUCAGAAGCCCAGAGCUCCUGGAGAUGAGGAAGCCCAGGUGGAGAACCUGAUCACCUCAAAUGCCACAGAACCACAGAAAGUGGAGAACUGAGGUGUACAGACGUCAGAUAAGAAGCCACCAAUCCCUAACGACCACUGCGCAACCCCCUGGAUACCAACAUUGAUGCCUGAAAAACCUGGAAACCACAGCAACAAACCUUUCCCAGGAGAAGCCAAGAAGUCAUGUGUCCAUCCCCGUCCAUUUCCUCCCAAACUGGUCCAUGACCUCGCCAGACAAACUAAUGCUCAUGCCCUCUUUAGCCCACUGUCCUGUCUAACUUGUGUGAUGUGUCUGUGUGUGGGUGAUCAGCAUGGUCUUUGUGGCUCAAUGUUUGUGGAUGAUAUCAUGUCCCUAGUAAAACUUGGACCAGCUUUUCCCAGGGUCAGGAGCUGGGUCAUCCAUCCAUCACCAUGAUCUCCUCUUCCUAUAUGCUCUCUUCCCCUCCUUUUCUGAGAAGGCUGCUGUUUCCCAAGGAAUCAAGUGGUUCUUUUUCUUGAUUUGUAUGGAUAAAGAAGGGUGGGAGAUACCUUUCUGAUUAGUUUAAGUCUCCCAGAGGAUGGAAGGUAGGUGACAUAUGCAGUGCUCUUAUUUUGUGGCCUUUCACCUCUCAUGCUUCUUCUCCACCUGUAACAGCUCAGUAUUCUGCCCUUGGGCCUGGUCUCAGAAUGCCUAAGUGCUGGUUACAAGCCCAAGGCAAACUCAGAGCUGCAGCUUUUGCCUCUGGGGAAGAAUGGUCCCAUUUUCCUUUUCUCAGAAUCCUAAACAUUGAGAUGUCAUCUAGCUAACCCCUUAACUAGUGCAAUAAUUUCCCCUACAACAGUCCUGACGUAUGGUCUAUCAUCUAACCCCUGCAUGAGCACCUUGAAUGACGGGAAGCUAGCUACUGUUUAAGUCAGGCUGUGCCAUUAUUGGAUUGUUUUAAUUGCUAGAAAGCUUUCUUUAUAUUUUGAAUCAAAAUCGACUUGCCUCGAUUCCAUCAUGGGUCUGGCCUUUAUCUUCCCUUUUUUCCUUGCUAGUAAUCCCUAUUGUGGUCCUGCAUUUGCCAUGCCCCAAGCUGGGAAAACCCAGAGUGUGACAGUGACUUUGGACAAAACCUGUCUUUCUUCCCUGACCCCCACAUCCCACCCUAAUCAAAAAAGAAAGUGGAGGUUUUGAGAUUCUAUGGAUAGUUUCUUGUCUUGGUUUUCAGAAUCUCAGCAAUAUCCCAGCAUCUCUGAAGCCUAACACUAUUCCCAAAUCCAAAUCUUGCUCUUGGGACUUCAAUUUUCUUCUCCUGGUUUCAGCUGAACUCAGAACUUCUGUCCCUUGUUUAGUAUGAAACAGAGGCUCUGGCAGAAAGUAAUUAUUGUGGUUUAAUGGGGGCAUUUGGUCUCGACCUGUGAAGGCUAUCUGUUCCCCAUUAUCAUCUUCUCUGCUGUGAGUGAGCAAUGCUAGAAGUGAAAGCUAGAGCUGGGGAAAGAGAAAACGUGGGGGUCAGGGGAGAUGGAGAUAGAGAAGAAGACAAAUGAAGAGAAGAGAAGAGAAAGAGGGUCUCUUACCCACCAAUCACCCUGACUUUGAUCAAGGCACCUUCCUGUGCCUUUUUCUCAGUAUCAGCCCUUCUAUGUUUGCUGUGCACACUGCCUCCUGUAUUCAGAAUGGGGUGGUAGCUUAGGUGGAGACUGCAUGAGGUGGCUGUUUUUGUCCUUUCAAAAGUCUAGCCCUUAUUGCCCAAAUAUGUGUCGUAACUGGUGAGACCUUGAGUGUUGUAAUGUGAAUGGGAAAAAAAAGCCACAAUCUGCCUCCCCACCACCCUUGUGUUCUUGUGGAAAUUGAGCAAACUACCAUUGUGAUCAAAGACUGUCGUAUUCUGUAUUGUGAUCUAGAUUCUCCUGAAGAAAAAAAAAGAAUAAAAUAUCAUUUCUAUCCCA